AUGUCUGGGAAAACCCAGAUGUAUGAUUACAGGGUGAAGUAUAAAGAACAUAUUAAAAAACAGUACCAGUUAAUAAAAGAAAGGAACUCUCGUCUUGGUGAGAAUGUGAAUCUAAGCAAAAGGUAUACAAAACUGACUAUUAUAAGCAAGCUUCGUUGCAAAAAGGAGAGAGAACAUGAAAUAAUGGCCUCCAGAUGGAGACAUGCAAAAAUCAUGACUGAACAAGCUCGCUCUUCUGUUACCAUAAACUCCUUAUUUGAUCCUGAAAAUGGACAAACACCACAAAUCGUUGUUCUGCAGGGAGCUGCAGGCAUUGGGAAAACAAUGACUGCAAAAAAGAUCAUGUUAGACUGGGCUUCUGGAGAAGUUUAUGAGAACAGAUUUGCAUACAUUUUCUACAUAAAUUGUUGAGAAAUAAACUAUGGGAGUAAGCAAGGAACAGUGGUUGACUGGAUUAGGUAAAAUUGCCCUGACAAAAAUGUACCAAUUAAUGAGAUUUUGUUAAAUCAAGAAAAACUUCUCUUCGUGAUUGAUGGUUUUGAUGAACUGAGGUUUUCCUUUGAUCGAAAGGAAGAUAGUCUGUGCACAGAUCCCUGGAAGGAGAUGCCAAUGGAAGAUGCACUGAGCAGUUUAUUUAGGAAAAAGCUACUUCCUAAAUCCUACUUAAUGGUCACUACGAGACCCACUGCUCUGGAGAAACUUGGGCAGUGUUUGGAGUGUUCACGUUAUGCAGAGAUCCUGGGAUUUUCUGAAGAGGACAGGAAGGAAUAUUUCCACAAGUUCUUUGGGGAUAUUGAUGCAACAAUAGCCUUUGAUUUUGUGAAACAAAAUGAGAUGCUUUUCACCAUGUGCUUUGUCCCCAUUGUGUGUUGUAUCACCUGCACUGUUAUGAUACAACAGCUGGAGGCAGGUAAAGAUUUUGCACAAAAUUCAAAAACACUCACUGCUGUGUAUGUGCUUUUCAUAUACAGUUUAUUAGAGCCACACAGCCACAGUCCAAACCAAAACAUGCAAGAUAAUCUGAAGAAACUUUGUUCCUUGGCUGCAGAUGGAAUUUGGAAACAGAAAAUACUGUUUGGGGAGGAAGAAAUAAAGGAGUACAGUUUAGAUGAAUUCUACUCUCUCCCCCUCUUUCUGAAUGAGAGUGUUUUUAAAAGAGACAUUGAUUGUGUAAGUGUCUACAGCUUCAUUUACUUAAGCUUCCAAGAGUUUUUUGCUGCUUUGUUUUAUGUACUAGAGGAAGAUGAACAAAUGAAAUGUUCAGUGACUCCCAACAGAGAUGCAAAACUAUUGUUAGAAAACUAUGGAAAAUCUGGAAAUUAUUUAAUGUUAACAGUGCGAUUUCUGUUUGGUCUCUUAAAUGAAAAGACAAUGAAGAAUAUCAAGAAAAAAAUUGGCUUGAAGAUUUCACCUAAUAUAAAGCCACAUUUACUGAAGUGGGUAAAAACAAAACAAAAAAUUUUGUCAUUUUCCUCUUCACACGAUGAGCUGAUUUACAAACUUGAAGAGUUUCACUGUAUGUACGAGAUCCAAGAAGAAAGUUUUGUGAAAAGUGCUUUGGAUCAUUUCACUGAAAUAGAUAUAAGUAAUUAUUCCUUAACCCAAAUGGAUCAAAUGGUUAUUUCAUUCUUUGUAAAGAGUUUUCCUACACUGAAGUCACUUUGGCUGUCUGGAUGUAGAUUUGGAGUUGAAGACAAGAAUGAAGAAUUAGCCCCACCACCAGCUAAGCGGUUAUGUCUUUUGCAGCACUGGGGAAAAUCAAAUAAUUUACCUGUCUACCUGCUGUGUCAAGCACUGAAGAAUCCAAACUGCAAAUUAAAGAAACUGAAGUUAGAGAUGUGCAAUCUCACAGUUGCUUGUUAUAGGGUUCUGUCUUCUGCUCUCAGCAUUAAUCAGACCCUGAGAGAGCUGGACCUGAGCUAUAAUGACCAGGGAAAACGAGGAGUGCUGGACCUAUGUAAGGGACUAAAACAUCCAAACUGCAAACACUCAGGUAAGUUGGAGAGCUGUGGUCUCACAAUUGGUAGUUGUGGGUCUCUCUCCGACGUGCUCCGUACCAACCAGACCCUCUCAGAACUGGAGCUGAAGUGGAAUCGACUGGGAGAUUCAGGAGUGAAACUGCUGUGUGAAGGGCUAAAAUGUCAAAAUAGCAGAUUGCAAAAAAUAGUAUUGUGGGGUUGCGAACUUACAGCUGAUUGCUGUGGGGAGCUCUCCUCUGUUCUCACUACCAGAAAGACCCUGACUGAGGUUAACCUGAAUUUAAAUGAACUGGGCAAUUCUGGUGUGAGGUGGCUGUGUACGGGGCUGAAACAUCCAGACUGCAAGCUGCAGAACCUGUCUUCACCUCCACCAGUGUGGAAUCCGGGGAUCUGGCUGGAUAAGUGCGGUCUCACAGCCAAGUGUUGUGGGGUGCUCUCCUCUGUUCUCAGCACCAGCCAGACUUUGAUAGAACUGAGCCUGAACUUGAAUAAACUGGGCGAUUCAGGGGUGAAGCAAUUGUGUAAGGGACUGAAACAUCCAGACUGUAAACUGCAGACACUGGGUUUGUUUAGCUCUGACCUCACAGCUGAUUGUUGUGGGGAUCUCUCUUCUGCUCUUGGUAUGAAUCAGGUCCUGACAGAGCUGGACCUGAAGUGGAAUCGCCAACUGGGAGAUACAGGAGUGAAGGUGCUUUGUGAAAGACUGAAACAUCCAAGCUGCAGACUUAAGAAAAUAAGAUUUUCAUGGUGCAAUCUUACAGCUGAUUGUUGUAGUGAUCUCUCCACUGUUCUCAUUACAAAUCAGAUCCUGACAGACCUGGAUCUCGGGGAGAACAACCUGGGAUAUUCAGGUGUGAAGCUGCUGUGUGAAAAACUGAAAGACCAAAAUUGCAAGCUCAGAAAAAUAAGGUUGCGGUAUAGCAAUAUGAGUGAAGAAAUGAGGAGAGAGCUGAGCGCUGUGGAAACAAUUGUCAAACGCCGAGAAGAUUGA